UUUCACCUUGCUGGGUCAUUGCUGCUGUUCUGCUGAAAAGUGACUAGGCCAGUUGGAAAGGCAAUCAGCCCCUAGCACUGAAGUCUCCAGCAAUAAGUAUAACAAAGCUGGGGAGCAGAAGAGAAACAGAAUACUGGUGCCAAUUCCAUUUCCACACUUCCAAGACGCACCAGGGUAGCAAAGUUUAUUGACAUGCAGUCUACUUCCUUUUUAGACUACAGAAGAAAUUCCACCUGGGGCAACAUGGCUCAAUUGUGCUGUUCACAUUUUCUUCAUACCAGGCGCAGCAGAUUGAUUUUUAUUGAAACAGACGUCCAUGACUUUUUACCAUGGGAGCAAUCAGAUAGGAUCAGAUGCGUGCUCAAUCCGAUACCAUGCCUCUCUCACUGAUCACUACUCAACGCUUUGGAGGGAGGCAUAAGAAUCCCUCUAUUGGACAAUUACAGCAUAAUCUGCUUCCUGGGAAUUGAGAGCUACCAUCAGUCACCUAUGUCCACAGGCUGCACUAUCACUGUUGGUUUUGUUUCUACUGUGGGACUGAACGGAGCUGGAGAAGCCUUCAAACUGCUCAGGAGAAACGCAAGAGGCUGCUGAAAGCCCCUAACCUCACUAGCCAACGCCUGGCUUACUGCUCUGAACCUGGGAGAGGAUUUAUAAGAUUUAGUUUGAAAUCUUCUGGUUUACAUAACUUGGGAGGUUCCAGUUAUCCCAUCAAGUGGCUAUUCCUGCAUCUCCAACCCUGUUAAGAUCCUGCCUGCCACAAUCCUGAAGUUUUUGCCAGACUGAUUGUGUAUUGUGCAAAAGAAAAAAGAAAGGGGGGGGGGGAGGAGGGGAAUCUUUUUGUCAUUUUUUAAAAAGGGGUUGCUUUUUGGCACUGCCGACUGACCCUUCGUCUUGGUCUUCCGAGGGUGGGGAAGCAGUGGCAUGUGAUUUAUCUUCUCAACACACUUUGGUAAACCUCCAUCAUGUUCCCUUGUGAGCACCUCUCUGAAGGGAGCACUUCUAGAUUCUAAGAAAUGCCUAGUCCAGAUGCAAUGGAUCCUCUGGAUUAGCUGCUGAAUGGCUAAAAUAAGCUCUGUACCAAAGCAAGGCAAAAUGAACACACAGGAGACUUGGCUCACGGGGAACGCUUUAACUGGACUGUAACGUGAAGUAUUCCCCCUUGGGGUCACCUUGCUCAAGCUCUUACAAAAUCAUCCAGCUUGGAGAGCCCUUCCAUCCUGGACUUUGGAUGCUCUUCUGUUUACCAAUGUGCUAGAGUUAGUCACCAAAAAGGCUACAAUCCAAUAAGUUUACUGGAAAUGCUCACGACUUCCUAGACCUCUCCCCCACCCUGAGGUGGCAGAACUGAGUGGAGGGAAAUCUCCAGGCACCCCCCACUCCUUUCUUGGCCUAAGCCUGUACUGAUUUCACUUGGUAAGCACCUGAUAUGAACAGAUGAGCUGGGAGGGGCUAGAGUACUGCGUAGGGUUGCAGAGGGGUGGAGGUAAACAGGGGAGAAAGAUAUUUAAGAUGCUGUGCGAGAGGUUUCCAAAGAGCACAAACUGCUAGAGGAAACGGCUGGGGGAAAAUAAAACAACACCCAAACAGCCCUUGAGACUCCACCUUUGGGACGUUCACUUCAUUGAGAGACAGAGAGAGAGAAAAAGAGAGAGACAGAGAGGAAGAGAAGCAGCCUUCAGAUACCCAUUUGCUGCAGCACUAAGAAAGUUUCAUACCUGGGCCCACUGCACUCCAGCCAUCCGCAGCUGACUCUGUUUGAAACCAGUUGGAAGUUCCUUGCUGCUGGGAGUGCAAAAUGCCGGCCAAAGUCACUGCCCAGCUGGCAUGGCUCUGCAUUCUCACUGUGUCCUUGGCCAUCUACCCUGCAUGGCUGCAGAAGCCUCCCAAGAGGAGAACAGUUAACAGCAAUGCCCAGGUCAAAACGACUGGCUGCUGCAAUGAGGUUAAGGAGCUCAAGCUGCAGAUUGCCAAUCUGAGCGCUAUGAUGGGGGAGCUCAACAAGAAGCAGGAAGGUGACUGGGUGAAUGUGGUCAUGCAGGCGAUGAAGCUGGAAGAAAUCACCAAGAGCCUGGAGUCCCGGCUCACUGAUGUGGAGAGCAAGUACUCCGAAAUGAACAGCCAGAUGGGCAUCAUGCAGCUCCAGGCGGCACAGACAGUCACCCAGACUUCAGCUGAUGCUGUCUAUGACUGCUCCUCCCUUUACCAGAGGAAUUACAGAAUCUCUGGGGUUUACAAGCUGCCCCCUGAUGACUUCCUGGGGAGCCCUGAACUGGAGGUGUACUGCGACAUGGAGACAGAUGGUGGUGGCUGGACUGUCAUCCAGAGGCGCAAAGUUGGUCUGAUUUCAUUCAAUCGGGACUGGAAGCAGUACAAAGAGGGGUUUGGCAACAUCCGGGGAGAUUUCUGGCUGGGUAAUGAACAUAUCUAUCGGCUCUCCAGGCGCCCGACUGUGCUACGCGUGGAACUGGAGGACUGGGAAGGCAACAUCCGCUAUGCACAAUACAACCACUUCACCCUGAGCAAUGAAUUAAAUAGCUACCGCCUUUUCCUGGGGAACUACACGGGCACCACAGGGCGCGACUCCCUAAGGUACCACAACAACACAGCCUUCAGCACCAAGGACAAGGACAAUGACAAGUGUGUGGAUGACUGUGCCAAGUUCCGCAAAGGUGGAUACUGGUACAACUGCUGCACAGACUCCAACCUGAAUGGGGUUUACUACCGCAAGGGAGAACACACCAAGAACAUGGAUGGCAUCACUUGGUAUGGCUGGUAUGGCUCAACCUACUCCCUGAAGAGGGUUGAGAUGAAGAUACGGGCGGAAGAUUUCAAGCCCUAAAGAAAACCACUUCAUUGUACAGCCACAGCGACCCCACUGCCUAGAAGAGGAAGAGCCUGACAUCUUCAAACACUCCACAGAAAUGGUUUACUUCAUCUACAAGGUGUGCUAAUGCCAGGGCUAUAUAAUGACUACACAUUACAUAUUAAUAUUGAAGCAGCCACAGGAAAGAAGGCAGGCACAUUUUUGCCAAGCCAAGUUCUCUCAUGUUAUGGCGCUUUGCUCCAAAGGUUAGGAUUGGGACCUCCUGUACUAGCAGCACCUUCAGGAACAGUAUUGUGGAUACACUAGCAUUGGGAUUAGCUGAGCUGCUGUAGGAUUUGACCACUCAGAGAUCUCUAGGAAGAAAGCUUUUAUCUCCUCCUUGCCAUCUCUGUAAUGUCUACGUUUACUAAGGGUGGAUCCAGUCUUUGUCAAGGGAGACAGUUUCUACCAAGUCCAAGAGAGAGAAAGGAAAGAGAGAGAGAGAAGAUGUGUUUUAAAGUGUUAAGCAAUUACUAGCUUAGAAAUAACUCUCAAAAUGUGUCUCCAGUUACUGGGUCCAUCCUCCCCACACAGGAAAAAUCAAGUUGAAAAUCUGGGCAUUGGAAGAUCAUAUUUGUUCUGUCCUAGAGUUUUACCACCGCUUUCCUGGCACAGGAAGGAUCCUAUGCAAGAAGGUAGUCCCAGAGGGCACAGCCUGGGAGGGGCCUGCCCCACCUGCUUUGGGGGAUACAGAUAUGGGGCAGCUCUCGAGGAUACACGUAUGCAAUAGGAACACUAGAAGGUCCUUCAGGAUGCUAAGAUGCCAUUCUGUGGGCUUUAACAAAUAGAUUCCCAGCUGCACCUUUAUUUUGUUUAUAGCACAGAAAGACCAAAAUAGUGGCCCCCUUUAUCACAAUGGCAGAAAGUCUCAAAGUGAACAGGGAAUAAACAUGGUGAGAAGCUUACUACUUACAUUAUUCCCAAACAGCAAGGGGAGAAGGUUCUUUUAAUGUUCAACUGAAAUGCUAGUAAACAAGGGAUAGAGUAUGUGAGACCCUAAUACAACAAAGCAUCCCGUGGACAACACAACAUACUAAGAGAAGGCAUCUUGACUGACUUGGGUUGUCACUCAAAAGCCAAGCUGAAUUUGAAGCAUUGCUCCAUUGGUUCUCUAUUUUAUGAUGCUCAAACCUUAAUUUUUAGCUACUGUUAAUUUUCCCUUUUCAUUUAUAAAGAAUUCAUAUAGUGUAGAGAGGCUAGUAUUUAACACUCUGCCUUAUGGCUCACAAGCAUAAGAUUGUUCCCUCAGUUUCAGGUCUCUGUCCCACUGAUUUUGAGAGACAUACUUCAUAAAUGCCUACCAGCAAAUUGGGACAAGCUGUCCAUGUACUGGAGGAAGAAGGGAAAUGCAUUAAAUAUGCUUCUCUUUAUAUGACUGUAAUAAAAAUUCAAACCAAUACAUCUAUGAGAAAAGCUCUAUUGGAAUCCUCAAGUGCCAGGAAAAAUGAAAAAAUAAGUCCUCACUCACUGGGCUGGCAUCAUGCCCAAAAGUUUCAAAGUUUGCUCAGAGUGCUUUUUUAAGCACUGCCUAAAGGUUUUGCUUUGAAUAAAACUGUGUUGUCUUCUUACACAAAGGCACUUGAAAAUAAUUGUUAAAAGAUUCUUCCUGCAGCCGCACUGUUGCUUGAAUGAAAAAAGAUGCUUAUAGUUAAUAAACCUACUUUUACUCAGUUUUUUUUUUUAAAGAGGGCUUGAGCCCAAUUUAAAAUGUCUGUCUUGUAUGAAACAGGAGACUGAAGAUUCCUGGGAAAUGCCUUAUGUACAUGUUGACUAUUCAUACUGUAUAUUAGAAAAGCAUUCUAUGCAAACCUGCAAAGUCUAUGCAAUGGACAUUAUAUAUAUAUUUUAAUUUCAAAAGUUUUCCAUUUCUGUAAUAAACUCUUUCAUUUUUAA